UUGAAAUCGAGCGGAAUCCCCCGAACGCCCCUCCCUCUGUCUCUCUCUCUAGCGUCAGAAGAAUCUCCACUCUCCACUGGCCAUAAAACCAAGAACUCCAGCAGCUCCCUCUUUGAUCCAUGGCGGACUCCCAUCUCGGACCGAAUCUUUACAUCUUCCAAAACCCUUCCGUUUUCUAGGGUUUCUUCAGCUCACCUUCUCCUCCUCUCGAUCUCAAGCUUCUCCUUCAUCGCCAUGUCCUUCUCCUCGAGGCGGAGCGGCUCCAGAACCAGACCGGUGGAAGGGAACGAGAACGAGCAAGGAAACCCCGCGGAUGCCGUUCCCGUGCCCCUACCCAGAUCCCCUUUGAUCUCCAUCCAAGAUCGGUCCCAGAACCCCAGGGAAGGGCCAUCGAGUGAGCUGCGUCUCGCCGAUUUUCCUAUCAAGGGUUCCAGCGCGACUACUAGAUCGGCUCCAAGCACUCCGGCGAGGGGCCUGUCUAGGGUUUGUAGUGGAAUUGGGAGCUGGGGAGCUAAUAAUGCCGGUCAUCAGCUGGCGGGGAGAGAGAGGGGUUGCUCGUCUAGGGUUUCGACGGGCAUACCCGAUGUGAAAUCUUUGGUGCCGGUUGACGUUCCGCAUUUUGAGUUCAAUGAAGAUCCAUCCUUUUGGAAGGAUCACAAUGUGCAGGUCCUGAUACGAAUCCGGCCAAUAAGUGGAGCGGAGAGUGCUUUGCAAGGUUAUAAGAGAUGCUUGGUCCAGGAGAGCUCACAGACAUUAGUAUGGACAGGUCAUCCUGAAACCAGGUUUACUUUCGAUCACGUAGCAUGUGAGACCACAUCUCAGGUAAAACUUUUCAAAGUUGUUGGCCUGCCAAUGGUGGAAAAUUGCAUGUCUGGCUACAAUAGCUGCAUGUUCGCAUAUGGUCAGACUGGUAGUGGAAAGACACACACCAUGAUGGGAGAGAUUCGGGAGAUGGAUAAGAUCCUCUGUGAAGAUCGUGGAAUGACACCUCGUAUUUUUGAAUAUUUAUUUUCAAGGAUAAGGGAGGAAGAGACUAGUCGAAGUGGUGAGCAGCUGAAGUAUAGCUGUAAAUGUUCUUUCCUUGAGAUCUAUAAUGAACAGAUAACAGAUCUCCUGGAGCCUUCUUCAACUAAUCUGCAGCUAAGAGAAGACUUGAAGAAGGGUGUAUAUGUUGAAAACCUAAAGGAAUUUGAAGUAUCAUCUGUAAAGGAUGUACUUGAGCUUCUGCUACAGGGUGCUGCAAACCGAAAAAUGGCAGCAACCCACAUGAACCUUGAAAGCAGUCGGUCACAUAGUGUCCUUACCUGUGUCAUUGAGAGCCGAUGGGAGAAAGAUUCCAUGACACACCUCCGUUUUGGAAGGUUGAAUUUGGUGGAUCUUGCUGGUUCAGAGAGGCAGAAAAGCUCUGGUGCAGAAGGAGAACGAUUGAAAGAGGCAGCAAAUAUCAACAGAUCUUUAUCUACUCUUGGUCUAGUUAUCAUGACACUAGUGGAUAUUGCAAAUGGUAAAAGCCGUCAUGUGCCGUACAGAGAUUCAAGGCUCACAUUUCUCCUUCAGGAUUCUUUAGGUGGAAAUUCUAAAACAACAAUUAUAGCAAAUGUCAGCCCAUCUAUCUGUUCUGCAAGUGAGACAUUAAGCACUCUGAAGUUUGCUCAGCGUGCCAAACUGAUUCAGAACAAUGCAAAAGUGAAUGAAGAUGCUUCAGGGGAUGUGCUAGCAUUGCAACGGCAGAUACAAACAUUAAAGGAUCAGCUGAACUUCCUCGUCAAGCAUCAGAGUGUUCCAAGAUCUCUAUACUAUCCCUCCCCUGGUCUUGAGGUGGGUAAUUCAAGCAAUCUUUUUGACUAUUUCGAUUCUUUAGGGGGAGGAAACCCAAAUGCUUUCAGUGAUCUAGGUCAUCUAAACCAGAAGGUUAAACAUCUGGAAACUGCUUUAACUGGUGCCCUCAGGAGGGAGAAAAUGGUAGAGGCUGAAGUCAGGAGGCUAGAGGCUGAAAUUAAGCACAUGAAUCGUUUGGUGCAUCAGAGGGAAGAUGAUGCUCAGCGGACUAAAGUGAUGCUAAGACUCCAGGAGGAAAAACUUAGAAGAUUGGAACUGCUUGCAGAUGACCUUGUGACUUCUGAUGGGUAUCUCAUGGGGGAAAAUGCAGCACUAUCCAAAGAGAUUCAGCUGCUACAAGAAAGAAUGGAAAGCAACCCUGAUUUGACUCAAUUUGCCUUGGAAAAUAUGAGACUGGUCGAGCAACUUAGAAUGUUUCAAAACUUCUACCACCAAGGAGAACGUGAACUAUUGUUAGCAGAGGUUUCUCAUUUGCGCAACCAGCUUUUAAAGGUUCUCGAGGGGAAAUUCACACCAAUUACUAGAGGGGCAACUCAGGGGGAUGAUAACUUAAAGGAGUCAGACAGCUGCAAGAGACAGUUGGAUGCUUCUUUAGAAGACAAUGCUAGACUAACUAGGGAAAUUUACAAUUUGCGUUUCCAACUUAAACAGUAUUUGGAGCUCGAGCAAACUGCAAUUGUCACUGUUGGAGAUGCCUCUACAGUUAAUGACAGGAACAAAGAAUUAGAUAAACAAACACCAACAUUAGCUAAAGGGGAGUCUGUAGGUUGGAUUGCAUCUUGCAAUCAUGCGGACAAGUUUCCAGAUACAAGCCCUGCUCAGGGGAUGAGGGAUGUACCUUCACAGUUUGGAGAUGUUGAAAAGGAGUUGAAGGAUGCCAGGGUUUUGAUUAAAGUUAUGGAAUCACAACAAGUUCAACUGAUUGCACAGCUUGAUAAGCUGAAGCAGGAGAACGACAGGUUCUUGGAACUCUUAGAGAGCCAGGUGCAUGAUGAGACACAUCUCAAGAAACAUCAUGAUUAUGGUAUACAAUUGUCAGAAAAGCUUGGAAUUGUAUCUAAGGCUAGCCAUGCAAAUGAAAUCCAAAUACCAGAAUGUGUUGACACUCAAAAGUUAGCUUUAGAUGCAACGUUGGAAAACGCGGUUAAAGAUGUUGAGGAGGCUAAAAUCAUGAAUAAGCAACCCAAGGAUGAGCACGUAUCAACAUGGCGACAAGAGAUGGAACAGGUCCAGGAGCAGGUUGAGGCGGAGACAGCAAAAACUAUUCUUUACUUGCAAGAAGAGAUUGCUGCACUUCAGCAAGAAGUACUUUCAAGGAAUAGAGAUGACCUAUCUUCAGCAGCAAACUAUGAGCUCUUGAGAACCAGGAAUGAAGAACUUAACAACCGAGUACAUAUUCUGAUGCAAGAAAAUGUGAAACUCUCAAAUCUUGUCACUGCUAGAGAUGCGGAAACUAGUGUAUUGUCUGAUGAGUGGGAGAAAGCAAUUAUUGAUUUGACACAAUUCCUUCUAGAUGGUUGUAAAUCACUGGAAGAUGCAUCUCAGUACAUUGAAAGCAUUGUCAAUUCAUUUCCUCAAGGAAAUGCAUGGAUUAAUGAACAUGUGGAGAGAGCUAUAAAGGUCUUUGUUGAGAAGGAAAAAUUAAUUGCUGACUUGCAAAAGAGGGUAAAUGAUGCACAGCAAAUAGAACUGGAAAUGAAGUCGAAGUUGGACUCACUAAGAGGAGCAACUCUUGCUAUAACUGAAGUCCAGCAGACUGAAAAUGAUGAGAAUGCGAAAGAACUAUUCCAUUUAAGAAAAUUGUUGGAUGAACAAGUAUUAAAAAUUGAGGAACUAGAAAAUGCUGUGAAAUGCAAGGAAAAUCAUAUUGUAGAUGCAAGAAAAAGUGCUGAUGCUGCAUUUCUAGUGAUUGAAAAGUUGUUUGACAUGAAUGCUUCAGAAUCUUUGGAUGUGCAAAUAACCAAAUCUGCAAUUAACAUUCUUCUUGAUGAAAUCUCUCAGGUAGAGAGUAUAAAUCAGGCGGAAGGCUCUGAUCCUGCUAAAUCUGAAAUUCAUAAAUUUUCUAUGGAUGCCCGGAGAGACAAUAUUAAAAACAAAAUCCUAAACGAGAAAUCUCCUGUUUCAGUUGAAGACCCAAGUCUUAAAGCUCAGGAAGCUAAUGCUGAAGAAAAUUCAUAUGCAUUGGAAGAACUCAGGGUUCAAGUUGAGAUGGCAAUCCAAAGGAUUGUAGAUACUAACAAAGUCCUGCAUACUUCAUACGCUGAUGCUGAAAAACAUAUUGCUGCUGUAAUAUCUGACAUCAACAGUACUUAUUCUGCCAUGAAGAUGUUGUUUCAUGACUCAAUAAAUGAUGUUCAUGGAAUUACUGAUAGGAUCAGGGAGUUGAAAGUACAAAGAAUGACUCUUCCUUCAAUAAUUGUUGAAGAUCCAAAAUUUGGAGCGCAUGCUGAUAUUAAGUCCACGGCAAUGCAGAUUAUAGUGGAUGGCCUGGCCAAGAUCAAUGAAUCUUUGAGUGGCAUAAAAUCUGGCUUCCAUUCACUCUUCGAUGCGAGUAGGACAUCAUCCAUACAUAUGCAUGAAGACAAACUGAUUCCUAAUAAUUUGCUGGUACAAAGUCUUAUGGAAGAUGUGGACUUUGCUAUGAAUGCCAUAGUUGAAAUACACUUUCAGUUGGGCAUGCUUUUUCAUGACAAAGAUGUUGCUAACUGUUUUGCACAAGAAAUCCGUUCAAAUCAGCCAUCUCAUUCUGGGGCAGACAAUAUGGUUUUAGAUGUUAUUCCCAAAUAUCCAUCAGAUCAGAUUGCCAUAUCGGAACUGAGUCACAUGCUGCGAACUCUGGAGGAAAGGAUAGACGAAGUUGAUGUAGACCAUUGCAGAACUAAAGAGUUUCAGAAGUUAAGGCUUAAGAUGAAUCAUGCUUGGCGAGAUGCAGAAGAGAAAACAAAGCAGGCAACUGGUUUUCUUUUGAAGUUUGAAAAAGCUCAAGAAACCAUGGAAGAGGCUGAGCUCAUGCUGCAGGCAUUACUUAAAGCAAAUGAAGAUGCAAAAUGUGAAAGGGAUCAGUGGAAACAGGCAAGCCAAGAGUUGCUGGCAGAGAGAACUACAUUGGUUGAAGAACUACACCAACUUGAGGCCUUAAACUUUUCUGUGGAUAAUCAAAAUCGAAAUUUAGAAAAACAGAUUCAUUCUAGUAUAGCAGAAAUAUUAGGCAUUGCAAUCUCACUCAGCGAAUCUUUUGUGGAAAUGCGGAGGUUCACAUUGGAGGAAGUAAAUGUUAUUUGGUCUGAUAUGUUUUCCUUUGGGCAUGAGCUGCUACGAUGGAUUGGCACCUCAAGAUCAUGUCUUGAAGAAACAAUAUCAGAAGUAAUGGAGAAAGGUUUUGCAUCGCUUGUUCUGUAUCAGUGUCAGAUAGGAGCCUUUUCUGAGCAAAACAAGCAUUUAAUUGUAGAUUCUUCUCUUCAAUACAGACAAUUGGGGUCUUAUUCAGUACUUGGGAAUGUGGAAAACAAUCACAUGGAUGUUCCAAUAGACAACUCGGUAACUAAAGGGUUGGCAGGCAUGGUCGUUCAAGACUGUAAACUGAACUUCUUUAGUUUGAGAAACACCGAGGGGGUUCAGAAUGAAUUUCAAACAGUUGAAGAUUUAGUUGUUGGACCUAUUGGUAGUACGGAUACUGUGGAGAAUGAAACAACAAAACUAUCAUCAGACCAAAAAUGUACAAAGGGCAGAGUUGCAAAGUUUCAGAAAAAUUAUUCAGACUUGACCCAUGAUACAGAAUUAGUAAAAGAGAUGAUUGCAAAAAUGGCCACCUAUUUGGAUAAUGUUGUUCAUGAGUUGACCUUAGGUGAGGAAGCUUCUAUAUGUGCAAAUUUUCCUGUCAGAGAAGGAAAAACUGAAUUGGUUACUGUUGUAGGGGAAACAGUGCAAACUGACAUGGUAUCUUCAGGUGCUUCUUACUCUGAUAUUUGUAAGAAUUUUGAGCUGCAACCCAACAUAUUUCAAGAUGAUGAGGUGGGCAUCCUGAAAAGCAAGAGCAACAUCCAUGAUGAAAGGAUCGGUGGGGCACAAACCGAUACAGAAGUUCUUCUUGUUGACAUUGGGCAUCUUAAGCAUCAAUGUGCUCGGUUGAUUUUUUCUCACUCGGAUUUAGAGGAUGAUGGAGAAUUGUCUCUUUGUGAGUACAAUAUUGUGCAAGAAAGUUCAGUGAACAAACAUAAUGUUAAGCCCAUGUAUUGGGAGAAAGAAGAAACAGGGAGGUUCCAUUAUUUACAUGCAAAAACUGAAUUGGGCAAUAAAUUAAUACAGACACUGAAUGAGCUAAGGAACAAUUUAUGUUAUAUAGUUGGUCUGGUUCAUCCUGGGCUGCAGUUCCAUGCUUUAAACAAAUUGACUGACUCUUCUCUUGGCAAAAUGUUUCAAAAUAUAUGCAGCAUUGAAGAGAAAAUGUACAUGCUUUUGCGUAGAGGCUCAAAUGAGGUAAAAGAAGCUGAUAUAGUAACAGAUGCUUGGUCACUGAAGAGGGAAUCUGCUCGGAAAGACAACAUUAUAAGAGGGCUACUUUUUGAUCUUAGAUUGUUGCAAGAGUCAGCCUCCAAUGUUAAGGACAUGAAAGAUGAAAGUAGGGAGAUGGUUACCACUUUGGGCAAUGUUCAACAUGAACUUGCAAUAAAAACUGCCCAGAUUAAUAAUAUCCUGUCAAGACAACGGAAGCUGGAAGCUCAGUUGGCUGAAAGUGAAGCUGCACUAUCCAGUUCAAAAUCUGAAUUGGAGCAAGCCCAAAAAUUAUGUGUCAUGCUUACAAAUGAAAAUACUGAAUUAAGGCUCCAGCUCGAAGAUGAACAUAUUAGGAAUACUCAAACAGAGGAGCUGUUGGAAGAGAAAAGAAAGGUUAUAGAUGGUUUAGAGAGGGAAAUUCUUUCAAAUAAUUCUUCUGUUGAGGGAAUCUUGGAUGACUUGAGAAGGGUCAGUAAUGAUAGAAAUCAUCUCCAGGCGGAAAUAGUCUACUUAAAUGAUAAACUUGACAUGGCAAUGACUUUAGUUGAUGAAAAAGAAGCCAUUGCUGUUGAAGCUUGUCAGGUUGCAGAGUCAAGUAAAAUAUAUGCAGAAGAGAAGGAAGAGGAGGUUAAAAUUCUUGAACAUUGUAUUCAGGAGCUUGAAGGUACUAUAAAUGUAAUGGAGAGGAAGGUGGAUGACAUGAAAGAGGAGGUAGAAAACCAUCAGUUAAUAAGGAAACGUUUAGAACAGGAAAUCCAUGUUCUAACAGACAGGAUGCAUAUGGUAGAAAAUGCUGCUGAGUGUUUGAUUGCAGAGGGUUCAAGUCUUGGAGAAGAAUCAUCUGAAAUACCCAGGCGGCUAGAUGAUAGGAUUAUUGAACUUUGUGAAGCAAGAAAGCACAUAGAGGAUCUUGAAGUGGAAAUAUUUUAUAAAGAAAAAGAGAUCAAGCAAUAUAGAGAACAUAUCGCAGAGCUUGUCCUGCAUUCUGAAGCACAAUCAUCACUAUACCAAGAGAAGUUCAAAGCAUUAGAAGGUGUAUUUUCUGACGUGAAAGCCGAUGCGUCAACUUCCAAUCCUUCUGAAUCGCAUGCAGCAAAUAAAAUGGAGAAAAAUUCAGCAAGGACAAGGGGCUCUGGCUCACCAUUCCGAUGCAUAUCAAGUCUGAUUCAGCAGAUGAACUUAGAGAAAGAUCAGGAAUUAUCUGUGGCUCGGCAUCAGAUAGAAGAACUAGAAGCAUUGGCAGCUAAUAGGCAAAAAGAGGUUUGUAUGUUAACUGCACGACUAGCAGCAGUAGACAGCAUGACUCAUGAUGUAAUUAGGGAUUUACUGGGUGUCAAGUUAGACUUGACCAACUAUGCUGACUUAAUUGACCAGGAGGAGCUGCAAAAACUAUUAAUGACAGCUCAGCAACAAAUUGAGGAAACAAAAGCUAAGGAUAUGGAAAUUCUGAAUCUGAAGAAGCAAAUUAAUUAUCUCCUUGAGGAAACAGACAGUUUGGCCGAAGAAGUUAAUCAAAGAAAAUCAGACAUACUUGCAAGCCAGGUGCUGAUGGAACAGCUUCAGCAACGAGAUCAGUUGCUUACAGCACAAAAUGAGAUGUUGAAGAUGGAUAAAGCCAAUCUCCAUCAAAAGAUUGCAAAGAUGGAUGAAACAGUGAAGUCACUAGUUGGAUCACCAAGCAUCCAAGACCAUCUGCGGCAUCCAGAAAAGACCAAGGAGAGUUCCCAGAAUGUUGGUACGGAGGAGCUUGGCAAUAGGCUAGCUGAAUCGGACAAGCUUCUCUCACAUGCAAGAAAUGAACUUGCUCGGUAUCACAAAUCUAAUAGCAGGAUGCUAUUUGAUCAAAGUGAAGAGAAAAGGCUCAUUGGUCACUGAUUAGUGACUCUCAAGUCUUGCGAUUCUGUGAUCUGUAAAGAGUUGUGUUUAUAGUCUAAUAAACAAGUAGGUCCACGUGUAACUUACCUUUCAUUUUUUAUGAACUUAGGUCAACAGCGACACGGAAGUGGGUUUAUAUAAUUUCAGUAUGAUAUAUUUAUCUAUAUUUUUUGCAAAAAAUCAAAUUUGUGCACUUUA